UGGUAAGACUCGUAUAUGAUUAUUAGCGGAUGUAUUAAUGUGGAAACCUUUUCAGAUUGGAAGCGCUAUGGUUGGAAGAGGUGACGAAGCGAGGUGAAAAGCUGGCAUCUUUCAGGUCUGCGGUUUGGAGAUUCGUUUCCACCAGGAUUUAUGCUUCUUUGUUCCUGAACGGUUGUUCCGUCGUUCUGGGCUUCAUAGGGCCUGCGAUUUUGAUGAGGAACCUGCUGGAGUUUGCCCAGUCUCCGGAGGGCACCACGUGGGAUGGAUUGAAGUGGACUUUUCUAUUGACUGCCUGCGAUUUUCUACGAAUAAUGUUUGCAACUUGGUCCUUUGCGAUGAGCUAUAGGACGGCGCUAAGACUGAAGUCGGCUUGCUUGGCCUUGCUGUACAAAAAAAUUAUUUCCCUCAACAACCUAGGACACAAGAGCACGGGAGAGCUGAUUAAUAUGUUCUCUAAUGACGGGCAAAGACUGUACGAUGCGAUGAUUACUGGGCCCCUGAUUGUCGGAGUUCCGAUAGUGACUAUAUGCGGAGUGAUAUACAUUCUCCGAUUACUUAGCCCUAUGGCUCUUCUGGGAAUUAUCGUCUUCCUCCUGUUUUAUCCCAUUCAGUACGCGAUAUCGCGACUCGUCAGCUAUUUGAGGAGAGGAACUGUUCGAAUCUCCGAUACCAGAAUCAGAUUGGUGAACGAGAUGCUGGAGUGUAUAAGACUGAUCAAGAUGUACGCCUGGGAAAACCAUUUUUGCAAGGAUCUUCUCGACGUUCGAGCUAAAGAGCAAAACAGAUUGAUGAAGACGGCUUACUUUCAAAGCAUCGCCGUAUCGUUGGCACCUGCAGCUCCGGUAAUAUCUGCGAUCAUAACUUUCCUAGCACACGUUUCAGCCGGUUAUGAUUUAACCGCUGCACAGGUAUUUCCCCUCGUAUCGUUCUACAAUACACAAAUCCGUAAUUCGUUUAACAAUUUGCAAUAUGCCGCGGGCAAUGUUUACGAGGCUACCGUAUCAAUCGAUAGGCUGAAGAGCAUUUUACUACUGAAAAGUGAGAGCUGCCCGAUAUCGAGACCAAUAGUCACAUCUCAGGCGCUGGCCAUUGUAAACGGAACGUUCGUCUGCGAUCGCUAUACAGGCCAGGAGAAGAAUCCAACUUCUACUUCUAAAAGUCUGAAGAUAAAGAGAAAACAGGAGAACAAUUCGGAGGAGCAAGAGGCGUGCGAGCGUCUGAACGUUGGAGGAGCGGGAAAUAUCGAGAACGCCGAAAGCGUCGUACUCCUGGACGACGUCACUUUCGAGGUGACAAAGGGUAAACUGGUCGGCGUUUGCGGCCACGUCGGCAGUGGAAAGUCUAGUCUUCUGUUGGCCUGUCUGGGACAACUGCAGAUCAAAGAAGGACAACUGUUGAGAGACGGCACUUGUGCUUACACGAGUCAACGAGCCUGGAUCGUGAACGCCACUUUGAGGGAAAACAUUCUCUUCGGUCAUGACUAUAAUCCUAGUCGGUACCAAGAGGCGAUAUCUGCCUGUUGCUUGACCGAAGACUUGAAAGCAAUGCCAGCUGGCGACCGCACGGAAAUAGGGGAAAAAGGAAUUAAUCUGUCAGGAGGUCAAAAACAGAGAGUCGCUUUAGCCCGAGCCUAUUACGCCGACCGCGACAUUUACUUCCUGGACGACCCGCUAGGUGCCCUUGAUGCGCACGUCGGUCCUCGCGUUUUCCAGGACUUGAUCCUGAAGGACUUGCGAUCCAAGACCGUCGUCCUCGUGACCCAUCAAGUGAAAUACCUGCAACGAUGCGCCGAGAUUUACGUGAUGCGGAAGGGAAAAAUCGUGGAGCACGGGACACACGAAGAACUUCUUGCAUUGAACGGAGAGUACACCUCCAUGGUCGAAGCGGGGUGCUCGGAACCUGAAGCGGACUCUGCCGCUGAGAAAUCUACAGAAGAGGAGGGAAUCUCACAGGAUGGUCUCGAAUUCGAUGGGUAUCGCGGGUCGAACGCUACUUCCGAUACUUGUACCAAAGAUGAACUCGAAGGUAACGAGGCCGAUGGUAAGCUGACUACGGCGGAGAAAACUGGGCACGGUGAUAUCAAGACCCGUGCGUACCGUGCGUACAUCAGAGCGGCCGGUGGUUACUGGAUAGUUGUUUUAGUAGUCUUCGCAUUUUUUCUGAACGUUGGUAGCACGGUAUUCAGCUCUUGGUGGCUCGCCAUUUGGCUGAACGCGAAGGGCGGGAAUUAUACUCGCGAAGGAGGAAAUGGAACCGUGAUGGAACAUUCGAGAAGUUUGAAAGACAAUCCAGAUUUUGAAUUUUAUUACACGAUAUAUGGGGCCAGCAUCGGAGUCAUUCUGUUGACUAGUUUUAUCCGCGGCUUUGCUAUAACUCGCACUGCGAUAAAGGCGUCGACUACUUUGCAUAACGCAGUGUUGAAAAAAAUAAUAGCCGCACCGAUGCGAUUUUUUGAGACCACGCCAGUAGGAAGGAUACAAAACAUGUUCAGCCGAGACAUAGAUGAAGUUGACAACAGGUUGCCAUUUACUUUGGAAACCAUCAUUCAGAAUGUUAUCGUCAUACUAUUUGCUGUUGUCGGCGUGUGUGUAGUGUUUCCAUGGUUUAUGGUGCCCCUCGUAGUUCUGGGCGCCCUCUAUUAUUACAUCGGAAAAGUAUUUAGAGUUGCAGCCAGAGACUUAAGACGAAUAGAAAAUGUGUCCAGAUCUCCUAUAUUCAGUUUUAUCACAACGACGAUUCAAGGAUUGAGUUCAAUUCGUGCGUUCAAUAAGGAGGAUGAGAGCAUGGCAAAAUUCGUACAAUUGUUUGACUUCAACAAUGCUUGCAUGUACGUAUGCAAUUCCACGAUCCGAUGGCUGGCGUUUCGUUUCGAUAAUCUGUCUGUACUGGCAAUAUGCGUGACGGCGUUGUUGGUGACAUUUUUUAAAGGUCAUGUACCUCCUCCACUGGCAGGUUUAGCGUUGGCAUAUUGUGUUCACAUUUCUGGAGUAUUCCAUUACACCGUAAGAGUCAUCACUGAAACAGAGAUGAAGUUUAUAAGCGUCGAGAAGAUGGAGGAUUAUUUGCGCACUUUGGAGAACGAACACGACGGGAGAAAGUGCCUAGAGAAUCUUCCAGACGAUUGGCCGCCUGGUGGUGAUAUUAAAUUUGAUGCCGUACAAAUGAGGUACCGAAAGGGCUUGCCGCUUGUCUUAAAAAAUGUCACGUUCCAUGUCAAGCCUGGGGAAAAAAUAGGAGUCGUAGGAAGAACGGGAUCGGGCAAGAGCUCCCUCACUACGGCACUCUUCAGUCUGGUCAAGCUUUCCAGUGGGAGAAUUAAAAUCGACAACGUAGAUAUCUCUCAAGUAAAAUUGGAGUUACUCAGGAGCAAGCUAUCCAUCGUACCACAGGAUCCUGUACUGUUCAGUGGAACUAUCAGAUCAAAUUUAGAUCCGUUCGAGAUUCACCUGGACGCUGAAAUUUGGGAGGCACUGGAAAAAACACAGCUGAAAGCAAGGGUGCAGAUUAUUCCUGGACAGUUGGAUGCCGCCGUAGGGUUUGGUGGAGAUAAUUUGAGUAUGGGCGAAAGACAGCUUCUUUGCUUGACGAGAUCUUUGCUCCGUCGAAGCAAGAUAUUGGUCCUGGACGAAGCCACCGCUGCGGUUGAUCCGGAAACGGAGACGGCGCUCGAAGCUACGGUACAACAGGAAUUUUUGCAUUGUACAGUUUUAACGAUAGCACACAGGUUACAAACUAUUUUAUCCUGCGAUCGAAUCCUUGUAAUGGCGGAUGGCCGAGUAUCGGAGUUCGACGAGCCAAAGAAUCUCCUCUCAAACCCGAAUUCCGAAUUUUCCAAAUUAAUGGCCUCGGCGGAAAUGACCGUAAAAGAAUCUUUAAAAAAGAACGCCUAAAUCGAUGUGCCUUUCAGAUUGCUAUCAGUAUUUUUAAUAUCUAGUAUUAACGAAUGUUGCAUGAAAGUGCAUUUAUUCCGUCACACCCCCCUGAUAACGAGUCUCAAUGGAACACAAUGAACCGUCACUUAAAAAAUGUGAUAGAAUACGUGAGUUGACUUAAAUGAAAUAUUUACAACUCCGAACUACCUCGAGCAAUCGUUAUCUUAAGGACGUUCAUGUUAUCUUAAGAUACACGACCUACACUAAUAACGCGCAGUUGAAAGAGUUAUAACUAGCUAAGAUUAACAUUUUUCUUCCACAUCGUAUUGCAUUAUUAAAAUAAGAAAUAAAUGGCUUUUUCCUAGUACGUUUUAAA